CAUUCCGCCAGAAGAAGAAAAAACGCGAAGAAGAGUUGAGCCGCCGAUCCGACUUGUUGUCGUUACCGAGGCGCCAGAAUCCAAACGAGCCGCAGCGAGAUCGACAGACAGGUUCGUUCAAAGCUCCGUGUGAAGGACGGGCUCCGAUUCCGUGUCCUGCAGUCUGAACAUGUUGUCCUCCGGAGACGUCCAGGGCUGUCUGCGGGGUCUGGAGAGCCUCCUGCGGGCGGUGAGGUACCCGGGACAUGUGGACCACAGCGGCAUCUCCAAAGGAGAUCCCUCAGCUUUUCUUCCCAUAGUGAGCUUCACCCUGACGUCCUUCUCUUCACCGCUUGCAGAGCAACUACUGGCAGCUGGACUGGACCUCACUGGCAAAACUGACCUCCGAUUCACUGACACGCUUUAUAAGGUACUACGAGAUAUCUUCCAGUACAAGCCCGUACUGACCAAGCAGCAGUUCCUCCAGUGGGGUUUCUCUCAAAGGAAAAUCUCUGUCGUCUGUGAUAUUAUCAACUUAGUCCUGCAGAAACAUAAGCAAUUGAAAAAGCCCAGAGGUAGAUGUCCGGGCUCUCAAAGGGAUGGCAUUGGAGAGGCUCAUCCAACGCAGACUGAUCUAGACACUGUGUCCAAGAGGGCAUUUGUCGUGAAUCACACGGACCAUCUCUCCACAGACUCCUCCCACAGAGUGACCUCUCCCUCUCAUCACGACGAAGUCUGCUCCAACAGUUCUCCUGAAGGUGGGAUCACAGAGGGGCAAGAGGACCAGGAGGAUAUCGUGCUUCACUCUUCGGAGGUGGACGGAAGGCUUUCAGCAAUGGAAGCUCAGCUGGAGAGUGUUCUGUCUCGACUCGACGGGCUCAGGAUGAUGGAAAAACGCCUGGAGCAACUUGAGCGAAGGAGAAACUCAGACCAGAAUGGAGGAGAAGUCAUCACCAUUUGCAGCAAGAGCUGGGACAAUCUGAUGAGCAGACUACUGCUAUUGGAAACUAAACUGGAGCUGAGCAAUGCACAGGUAAAUGCUGCAUCACCAUGUCCAUCAUCAAGCACCUUCAGCUCCAAGCCUGAUUCUUCAAAGGAGGACCUGAAGGACCGGCUGGAGAGCAUCACCAGCAUGCUGAAGAGCACCUCCAGUUUGUUGAAGAAAACUGAACCCUCCACCACACCCUGCAAAUAACUGCUGAUAAAUGAUCCAUGCACUAUAGCUGUGUCACUUUUCUGACAAGCUACCGGGACUUUUAGACGAGGGGAGAAACUCCUGUAGCGCUUUUAACUCAAGUCUAUAGUGGAAUUGUGAGGAGGAUGUACCCCCACCAUGAAAAUGAAUGUUCAUCAGGUAUGAAUUCCUCAGAUGAUGAGUACAGUAGAUGAUCGACGUGUGUUGGCCCUCCACAAUGAAAUACUAUAUCUGUCAUAUUUCUCUUUCUCCCUCUGUAUAGGUGUAUCAAGCAACAUUGAGCUUUCAAGGUCAUGUGCAUAUUUCUUUAAACUAAUCAGAGUUAUGCAGAGACCACUUUGUUUUAUGGUUCUGAAUUGAACCGAAAGAAAUAAAGAAUGUUCUCUCUCUAGCA